UCUUCAGUCUAUACUCUCACAAUGCGUCUCGCGAUUCUCGCCGUGGCCGUUACUGUGGCUUCAGCAAAUGCGCAGGGAUACCGAGAAGAGGUGAAAUACGAUCCCAUCCCAUAUCAAUUCGCUUACAAAGCUGAGUCCAAUGAAGGAUCCAACAGCCACGAAGAAACAUCCGAUGGCAACGGACGGGUGCAGGGUUCCUACUCCUUCAGUCUGGCCGAUGGUCGCGAGCGCACUGUCACAUACUGGGCCGACGAAAGCGGAUUCCACGCCGAUGUGAAAACUAAUGAGCUCGGAACGGAGACCAAAGACGCUUCCGACGCGAAAUAUUCUUCUUCAGCCAUCACGGGUGAGCAGGCUGCGGUACAGUACGGAGCUCAAGUACAGGCAGAGCAGAAAACGAAGAUCUACCAAGACCCUGCUCCAAUCGUCAACGUUCGAGCUACCCCUGCCCCGGUCAAGAUCCACACUGUCCCCGCUGUUUUCAAGUCUUACGAGCCCGUUGCCGUGAUCAAAUACGCUGCUGCCGCUCCGACCGUCUACAAGACCGUUCAGGCUGUUCAAGCAUCCCCUACCGUCAUCAAGACAAUCCAAGCUGCUUCCCCAGUUUACAAAACAAUCCAGGCUGCUCCCACGAUUUUCAAGACGAUCGGGGCUGCUCCAAUCUCCUACGCCUACGCGCACGCUCCAGUGAGCUACACCCAGUCCGCUUCACCUUUCCAAUACGUCCCAAACGAUUACAAUCACGUCAUCCAGAACGCCUGAGUCGGUCACAUGUUUCUUUUGAUUCCAUAUUACACGCGGCCGAGGUCUAGCGGGUGGACCGAAUUUCAAUAAAAACG